UUCUAAUUCCUGCUUGAUUUUUCAGACUAAAGCGCUGCCAUGAAGGGUGAAGCUUUACUUUCCCCCUGCUGGAUCUGUAACUACGAUUUGGGGCAUGGCCAUGGAUCAUGACACCACCCUUAUAUUCUAAAAUGCCUUGAAGCCUCUUUAUCUCUCCCUUGCAUUCUGCUCUGUGGGAAGUGAUGUUUUUUUCUGCAAUGCUGACGCCUGCUCAUUCUGGGACAUUCAAUGCAACUUUCAUUGUCUACGAAAAUAUGUACGCAAAUAUCACCACCCCCUCCUUCUUGGUUCGUAGUGGCACAACGCAGCCUCUGAAAUAUCACUUGGGUGCCAUGGUUAUCACUGAGGUAACUGCUCUGACAACCAACACUACAACUGCCCAUCCAUUGCAAUCAGACUCCAAGAGCUUAAGCCUGCCACUCCAGGUAAUUCUUUCUGCCGCCAUGAUAUUUAUACUCCUCGUUUCUUUCCUUGGCAACCUUGUCGUCUGCCUAAUGGUCUAUCAGAAGACUGCAAUGCGAUCCGCUAUUAACAUUCUCCUAGCUAGCCUGGCUUUUGCAGACAUGUUGCUUGCUGUUCUGAACAUGCCUUUUGCUCUGAUAACCGUCAUCACAACCCAGUGGGUUUUUGGGAAUAUCUUCUGCAGAGUCUCGGCCAUGUUUUUCUGGCUAUUUGUCAUCGAAGGGGUGGCCAUUCUGCUUAUCAUUAGCAUUGACAGGUUCCUUAUAAUAGUUCAGAGGCAGGAUAGGCUGAAUCCAUACCGUGCAAAGUUCCUCAUUGCUGUCUCAUGGGCUGCAGCCUUCGUAGUUGCUUUCCCGCUUUCUAUGGGAAACCCCAACCUGCUACCUUCCAGAGCACCUCAGUGUGUGUUUGGCUACACAACGAGCCCUGGCUACCGUGCCUAUGUGAUACUGGUGGUACUGAUUUCAUUUUUCAUCCCGUUCUUGGUGAUGUUGUAUUCUUUUAUGGGCAUCCUCAACACUGUACGGCACAAUGCAGUUCGCAUCCACAGCCACCCAGAUAGCAUAUGCCUCAGCCAAGCUAGCAAACUUGGUCUCAUGAGCCUCCAGAGACCCUUUCAGAUGAACAUUGAUAUGAGCUUUAAAACUCGUGCCUUCACCACCAUAUUGAUUUUGUUCAUUGUCUUCAUAAUCUGCUUGGCGCCCUUCACCACCUACAGCCUUAUUGCCACAUUCAACAGCCACUUCGAUCAGAAGCACAACUUCUUUGAGAUAAGCGCUUGGCUCCUUUGGCUCUGCUACCUCAAGUCUGCCCUGAACCCGUUGAUUUACUACUGGAGGAUCAAGAAAUUUCAUGAUGCAUGCUUAGACUUGAUGCCGAAGUACUUCAGGUUUUUGCCACAGCUACCUGGUCACACCAGAAGACGUAUCCGGCCUAGCGCAGUAUAUGUGUGUGGGGAGCACCGGUCAGUUGUGUGAAACUUGCAGCAAAGGGACACUUGUUCUUUUUCUGAUGUACGUCAGUUUUGGUGGACUGAAAUACAGUGGCUUCUUUAGCUGCCAUGUUUGUAACUUUAGUACGUAUUCCAGCUACCAUGUGCAAUUUCAAGAGAGAGAGGUCAUAUUUGGACUUUGCUACUAGAGUAUAUGACUAAACAAAGAUAUUGGCUACAAACCCAAAAAGCUCCAUGUGCACAAAGGAAGAAUAAUGCAGACAGAGAUUUCUGUUUGCCACAGCAGCUUCCACUGCUGCAGUUUAGGUUCCUCCUUCAGCAGAUACAAAAGCAGCAACAAAAACAUCAAAGAAAACUCCUGCUAUGUGCAGUUUUCCCCCUUGCACACAUGUGUAGCUUUCUGUGGAUUGUGGCCACUACCUACAGCUUUCUGCAAUGGAGAGGAAAACUUAUUUGAAUUAUUUCUCAAGCUUGAUGCUCAUGACUGCAGGUCCACUUAAUUGUAGAUGUUUUUAAUGCUGCUAUUUUAUGGUACAUUGGGCUGAAUACUUACUUUAAAAAUA